AAGAUGUUAUACAUAUUUAGGAUUGCCUUCCUAAUUUUUGUUGUACUUGCACAGACUGACACAACUCCAUUUCAUGAGACGGCUUCCAGACAAGGUGAAGCCAAUGCAGAUCAAGCAGAUGAACAACUUAACAAUGAGGCAAGUAUAAUUUUGAAAACUGUUGGUAUUUAUAAAAUUAUGAAUUUGGUACGUGUUCAUAAUCCCAUUCCUGACUUCAGGAUACACGAGAGCCUAUGAAUGACAUCACGAAAGAGACACCUGGUUCUCCAAUAGCUCAACAGAAUAUUGAGACUCCAGUCCUUACUCCAAUUCAGACGCAGCAGGAGACUCACGAGCUUAUGAAUGAGAUCAUUUCACCAAACAUUUCCGACACACAGCCAAAUACCCGAGCUCGCAGAAAUCUUUUAACAGAGCAAAAUAAGGAUGUAGAAAGCAGAGUUCAAAAUCCCUUUGAGAUCGGAGCAAAUGUGGAGAUUUCAUCACAAGAUGACAAUACUUGUCAUAAAUGGUAUCCAGGAAAUGUGUUGGCAACAUAUUUGGUUGAUGGGGUUGAGAUGGUGAAAGUUGAGUACUCCGUCCCGUCUCUGGACGAAAAGAAGAGGAAAAGGAGUGUUGAGACACGUGUAUCAAUUGACAGAAUACGUCCUCAACCACCACCUGAGAGAUCUGGAGCGAAGAAAAGUUAUGAGCUAAUGCAGGACGUGGAGGCGUUCGACGAUGGUGCCUGGUGCGCUGGAAAAGUUAAAGUCAUUUUGUUUGAUAGCUCGUGUUUUGUCGCUUUGAACAAUUCUAAACAAGAAAUUUACUUCCACCAUUCUGAGAUUCGAAAACCAAGAAAAUGGGUAGAUGGUGUUUGGGAGAUGACAAAAAAGAAGGAAGAAGAGCAGACGCAGAGUGUGAAUCCAAGUGAAGGAGAUGGUGAUAAAAAGGGGAAGGGGAAGGCUGUCGCUUGUAAGAAAAAUGAAGCAGCUGGUCCAUCAGAAGAUGUUGUUGGGAAAAUGGCAAAAGAGAUGGAAGUAAAGCAGGGUAAGAGUGUGAAACCAAGUCAAGACGAUCAUGCAAAAAAGGGGAAGCCACAUGUUGGUAAGAAGAAGAAAGCAAAUGCUCAGCCAGUAGAUUUGCUUCCUUUUCUACAGCGAGAAGAGAAGAGGCCAAUACGACCUAGAAACCCUCCUAUACCUGUAACACCUGAGGUAAUCCUUCCAAUUGAUCCAUUUGUGACACCUGAAUUUCCUCGGUUUUCAAGGCUUGCACACUGGAUGGAUCUACGGGGCAUAUAUCGUGUACCGUUUUAUAUCAAUGGAAAAGAAAUUGAAAAAGAGUUCUUUCAAAAAAUGGACGAUGCAGAAAAAAAUCUCAACAAAGAGGAAGAGCACAUAAAUGUUGCAUUUGAAAUGCUAAAUUGUAAGAGGGUUGAGCAAGGUGCUUGGUUCCGCAACAACAAUCUUCCAGCAGCAUGCUUUGUACCAGUCGAUUUCUUAGAAGUGGUUGGGUACGCUUAUGAAUCUGUCAGGAAGCCACAUAAGAAGUUAUUGGAGGGCUGUGUAGGCGAACUUGUGAAAGGUUUAAUACAUCCAAAGAAGGUAUGGCUGGAAGAUGUUGAUGUUAUAUAUGGUGUCAUUGAAGAUAAGUUGAGCUAUCACUAUAUUGGGGUGGAGAUACAAUUGAUGGACAACACAAUCACACUCUUCCAUUGUGGUCUUCCAAAAGCAAAUAUCAAACGUGCUCUUAAUAAAAUCCAAGAACUGGCAGUUUUGAUUAGUGCCAUAAAGAUGGAACUUCUUGGUGAAGAGGUUAAUUUCGAAGAUAUCAGUCCAUUUGAAGUUAAGUUUGCAGAAGGGAUUCCAAAGACAAAAUUUCCAUACAACUGUGGUAUUUUUGUUGUGAAGAUGCUGGAAUGCAGGUCACUGGGAUUGAAGAGCAUGGCUAAUAUAAAUGAUGAAACUGCGAUGGACUUACGAAGCAAGCUAUGUUGUGAGAUCUUCGACCAGUUUAUGGAUAAAGAUUUCCAGGAAGGUCAAAGGAAGUGA